GUACUUGCUUUCGAGAUGGAGUCGAGCAAGUGGUCUUUCUCAUCUUUCCGUUCAUCAACAGCGUUCAUCGCCUUCACCAUCACCUUCGCCGUCUUCACGGAUCAGUUCCUCUUCGCUGCGAUUCUACCGAUCGGACCUUUCACAUUACACGAAAGACUACACAUCCCCGAAGACAAAGUCCAAUUCUGGAUAGCCAUCCUCCUAGCCGUCUUCGGUAUUGGAUGUUUCGUCACAGCCGGACCAUGGGGAUGGUACACAGACCGCAGCACCUCCCGUCGCACACCCUUCCUCAUCGGCCUCUCCAUUCUCCUCGGAGCUACACUCGUCCUCUGGUUCUCACAACACAUUGCUCUACAAAUCCUCGGCCGCGCACUACAAGGGUUCUCCUCUUUGGUCGUCUGGGCUACAGGUCUGGCCGUCCUCGUUGACACGGUCGGAUGCAAACAUAUCGGAGAGUACAUGGGAUACAUCGGCAUAGCGCUCAACAUGGGAAGCUUGACUGCACCCAUGGUCGGUGGUGUCGUGUUCGCUCAGGCGGGAUACAAUGCCGUCUUCGGCGUUGUCACCGCCGUUGUUGGGCUAGAUAUUCUGUCCCGACUCAUCAUGAAGGAGAAGACACCAUCCGAGACCACAUCUGUCGCUCCGUUACAGGAUGACCUCGAAUCUGGCUCACCAGACAUCAAGGAGAAAGAAAAGACCGUCGUCACAAUCGAAACCAUCAGCCAAUCCUCCUCGCCCUCAACUUCAACUCUCGACCUCACCACCACCACUCCAUCCCGCCGCCAUCUCCCACCCGUCAUCCGCCUCCUCAAUUCCCUCCGCUUCUGCGUCGCAAUCUGGGGCGUCUUCGUAAUCUCCUGUGUCUUCUCCGCUUUCCAAGCCGUCCUCCCCAUGGCCGUGAAAACCGUCUUCGGCUGGAACAGCACCGGCACCGGACUCAUAUUCCUCCCUCUCAGUCUCCCCGCUUUACUCGGACCAAUCGUGGGACGCAUGACGGACCGCUAUGGAGGAAGAUGGUUCGCCACAGCCGGAUUCGUGUUGUUGGGCAUCGCGGUGACGAUGUUGAGGGCUGUGGAGUAUAACAGCCGCUCGCAGCAGGUGUUGUUAUGCGUGCUCUUGUUCCUUUGUGGAUGUUGUAUGACGCUUGUGCUGGAGCCUCUGGCGGCGGAGGUGACGCAUGGUGCUGCGAGGUUGGAUGCGAAGGACAAGGAGAUGGGGAUCGAGAGUGCGGGAUCAUAUGGUCAGUCGUAUGCGCUGUUCAAUAUGGCGUGGGCGGCGGGGAAUUCGACCGGGCCAGUGUGGGGAGGGAUAUUGUUGGAUGCUGCUGGGUGGAAUGCGAUGGCUCUAUCAUUGGGCCUGCUGGGCUUUUUGAGUGCUGUGCCGGUGGCAUUGUGCUUGGACGGGUGGAUGUUUGAGAAAAAGUUUUAGAGAUAAAAGUGGUUUGUGUAGCGUUCAAGCGAGCAUGAGGAUGAACAUUAUCGUAGAUGCUGUCCUUGUACUCAGCCAGGCGAUAAAAGCGUCUAUCAGUAAAAGUCUUCUCCGCCGCCUCGUUCAUUUGCGCACAUGCUGUAGUCGUCUUGACCGCGAGCUCUCGAGUGGGGGGCGCCUUGGACUGACAAGACUGGUGACAUGGUAUUCGACUGCUUGAGAAUGCAUUUGGCCGCCUAAGCAGAAGAACAGCACGAUCGGUAGCUAGAGCUGGUGACAGCCAGGCAAGUAUCAAUUCAAUGUCUUCCGGCCACCUUCCCCACUUGCUGUGAUCACUUUUGCAGCCAGUGGCAGCCGCC